ACACUAACAUUAAUUUACUUCUCACACAUUGACAAAGCUCAAAUACAAAUGUUAUGCGAAAUGCCUAAAUAUUACUCCUUAAAACAUACUAUAUGCUCCAGCGAUGUGUGCGUAUAGAAUAUUAUCAAAAGCAUGUCUUAUCAAUGAGUAAAUAAAAUAAACGGAUCGUUCUGUAAUAAGUCGUCACCGUCAUGCAUAAAAUUGGUAAACAAUCGUCCCGUCUCUAGUCCGUAAUGAUGUUACUGAUAAAAAUUUCAUUGUAAGCGUUUUUGUGUCGAGCGUUCCAUCGUCCAUCUUGUUCUUUUGUUCGUUCGUUCAUUUGUCCACCUCAGACAUCAACCGUCCCUGUGACCGAGUGCCGUUCGCCAAAUGCGCAUACAUCCCGUCGGUUUGUGUCGCGCGUUAUUCAUCGGAACUGCAACCUUAAGUUUACGUGCCGUACCACGCGUUCGGUGUGGUAAUCUUUUCGCGCUGACCGCCAGCGAACGUUCUCGAUCGAACCUCAAGGAUGUUUGCUUCCUUGAUCAAAACGCUCUUCAAGGGAACUUCGGACAACAUAAGUGGAUCGUCAAAUCAUGACGAACCACAAAAUAACACGAAAGUGAUCAACCUGAAACAGGAUGUUGAGAACAUGCUCUCCGAAGUGAACGAAAUUGAUUGUUUAAAUCGUAGCUCAUCCAAAGAGAGCAUCGCUGAUUCUUUUGAGUUAAUAUCCUUCGCAAACAAAAUGUCGGAAGAUUUAAACGAUAACAGUUUGGAUGAAUCAAAGAGUGAAAUCAACUUCGACGAAGAAACCAUACAAGAUCCGGUUGAAGAUAAAAUUCAAAAGAAUGAUAUAGUCAAAAAAAUUAACAGUCUGCAAUGUAUUUUUACGUGGAAAUUGAAAUCGAAUGAAAGAAAUAUUAUUUCACAAAUAUUAAAUGAAUAUGGUGAUUAUAACUUGGAUAUUUCUUCACCAGAAUUUUCAUUGAAAAGGUUUAUAGGCAAUUUGAUUAUUGGUUAUGAGUUGUUCCAUAAUGGUGAAAUCGAAAAUGGUCAAAUUAAAAUAUUGGAAAUUGGUAAAUGGCUAGAAGAAUUAGAUAACGGCUCAGAUAAAUUUUAUUUGUCCAUUAAUACUGGCCUUUAUCAUAUCAUGAAAGGCACUUUUAUUCACAUGUUAUAUGCUUCAAACCUUUUGGAAGAGUGUAAAUGGUUAUUAGAUGAUAUUAUACCAUUCAAUAAAAUGAACUGUAUACCAAAAGCUUCUAUAUUUGCUAUACAUGCUGCUGUAUUAACUGAGUAUGGUGCAAAUGCACAAUAUUACAAAAAAGCUUGUUAUUUUGCAAAUAAAGCAUGUGUCUUGGAUCCAAGUUCUCCACAUUGGUUUUACAUUUAUGCUGUGGCUUUAACUAAACAAAGAACAUUUUUACAUUCAUAUAAAUCUCAUCCGACAGAAAAUGAAAUAAAUUCAAUCCAACACGCAAUUAUAUUAUCUGAUGGAAAGGAUACAGUUUUCAACUAUCAUAGAAUAUUAUUAGAUAAAGAUUCUAUAAUUAGAAAUUUUCAUGAUAAUAUUAACAUAAAAAAUAAAAAUAUGUAUGAUAUAAAUUUAAAGGCAAACCAAAAAAUUGUUGAAAUGAUCAAAACAGUUAUUAGUAUGGAGCCAAAAGAUCCUCUAGUGAUUGUCGGAUGUGCUAAAAUAUUAAUGACACUUCCAAUUAAGGUUCGUGAUUUUGAUUUAGGAAAAAUGUAUCUAACAAAAGCUAUGCAAAUGGCACCAAACGAUGUGGCGGUUUUAAAUUCUAUUGAAAAGGCAAUUACACAUUAUAAACGUGUAUCAAACAAGACGUAUGAACACAAAAAAACUGCCUCUAAACAAUUUCAACCUUCAUUCAAAAAUAAAAAAUCUAAAAUAGCUGAAAAAUUAAGGUUUUUAGUGAAUAAUCAUAAAAAUGGUAAAGAUCCUCUACCCGAUCUAAUUGCUAUGCUUAAUGAAUCAAAUGGUCGUGAUAAAGUGAUAAUUAUGGCUCAGAUUUGUUCAUAUACAAUCUUAUUUGCUAAUAAUUUAAGAGCUGGAGUUGAACAGUUCAUGGUGUUACUUGAAGAACCAAAAAUUAACAAUGAUCAUUUAAUUAUCGAUCACUUUUCAUCAUUUGGCUCAAAAAAGUUUAAUUUAGCAGAUCUUAUUUGUAAUGAAAUAAGAUUAGCCACAAAUUCAUGUGAAACUCCUUCUGAAGAAAUGUUGUUUUAUUUUAAAGCAUUAACUAAGAUAAUGGAAACAUUUAGACUAGAAAUGAAAGAUGUUGAUCCAUCAAUGAAAAGCAAACUAAUUGUAAAUUCUUCUGAUAGAUUAACAUGUUUGAGUGCAGCAUUUAAAAGUGGAUUAAAUUUGUCGGAUAAUAACAGUGAAGUUGGUCAGAAUAAAAAUAUAACUAAUAAAUCCAAUAAACCAAAGAGCUUCCAAAAUGUUGGUCCAAAAAUAUUUAAAGCAAAAUCUAGAGGGAACAAAAAAAACAAUUUAAAUACAUCCAAUGCCAAAAAAUUUAAUUUUCAAACAAGUUUUCCAGGUCAAUCUCAUCAGUCGAAUAUUGAUAUAUGUACUGAUGAUAUCAAUCAAAUGAAGUCUAAAAUGUCUAAAUUUUUAAAAUCUUCUGAAGAAGUUGAAUUUUCAAAUCAUGUGUCAUUGGGAAUCAAAAAUCUUGGAGCAUUACAGACACAAGAAAAAAUAAAGCGAUAUUCUCAGAUGUUGUAUCAACAUGUUUCCAAUGACAAACCACUACAAAAUACUUCUUCGGUAGAUUCAAAUACAUAUCCUCAUCAAAACAGUAACAAUUCGAACCAUAUGUUUCAAUCAUCUCUCCCUUCAUUACUUAAUAUCAGACCCCAAAUAGAUCCAAGGUUUUUACCAUCUACUAGUAGACACCAUAUUAAUAGAAAAAAAUGAAUCAGUUAACUAGUUUUUUGUUUUUAUUUUUAUUUAAAUCAACAUAAAAAU